AGACGCUUCCCUGUGCAGCAUGGCUGGGGCCCAGUGGCUGGCGCAGUUGCGGGCGGCGCGCAAGACCGCCUUGCUCGGCGACGGCAAGCGAAAAAUCCAUUACUUGUUUGACAAUGGGAAGGAGAUGGCUGAGGAGUAUGACAUGAAGACCAACCAACUGCUUCUGAGGAAAUGGAGAGAGAAGAAUGCUCUAGGGGCUUAUGGCAGUUGGGAGGUCGAGGUGGGAGAGUCAACCGUGCCUGCAGUGGGAACCCUGGAUCAUGAGCUCAUAAAGGAGAGUAGUACCAAUCCUGUCUUUAUGCGAAAAGAUACCAAGAACAGCUUCCAGUGGCGGAUUCGGAACUUGCCAUAUCCUAAGGAUGUCUACAGUGUUUCAGUGGAAAAGGAUCAGCGCUGCUGUGUUAUCCACACAACGAACAAGAAGUAUUACAAGAAGUUCUCUAUUCCUGACCUAGACAGAUUCCAACUGCCUUUGGACUGCAAUGCUCUGAGCUUCACACACGCCAACAGCACAUUAAUUAUCACAUAUCAGAAACCACCAGAGAUUCUGGCUGCAGAGAAGGAACUACAAAAGGAGCUUGAAAAGAUCAAGGCAGCUAAUGAUGGGGAUGGAGAGUGCAAGACACAAUAGCUGCAAAACUUCCUUUCUGUAUAUAUUCUGCUGAUU